AAUAAAUAAAAACCUUGAACGAAAGCGAUACUCGAUAGUUAAAACGUACCUAACGAGGAAAAAAUACUUUAUAGACCUUUUAAAUAAUGUAAUCGAUAUCUACAUUAACAUCUGGUUUGAAACAGUGAAUAGGAACAAUAUUUAAGAACGUAUUUUCGCCAUGGAUAAAUUAACAGUAAUAUCAGGUACGCUGUUUAUGGCAGCAGAUGUUUUUGCUAUUGUGAGCCUCGCAAUGCCAGAUUGGAUAAUUACCGAAGUUGGAGGUGACACAAGGCUUGGAUUAAUGUGGUCCUGCAUUACACUGUACAAUCGGCCACAAGUUUGCUACACUCCGGAUCUACAACCCGAAUGGUUGCUUGCCUUGAUCUGCAUCUUCAUUGGAUGUAUAUGUAUUACCACUACUGUGAUACUACUGGCAUCCAGUCAUUUUGAUAGAAAUGUCAUACCAUACGCAAGAUGGGUUGGAUUUGCAGCAAUGGUUGUCUUCUGCCUAGCAGCUGUCAUAUUCCCAAUGGGAUUCCAUGUGGACGAAAUUGGAGGUCAACCCUACCAGCUACCAAACAGCCACCAAGUUGGCAUAUCAUACAUAUUAUUUGUUCUAUCUCUUUGGAUUACUGUGAUAUCAGAAUUAUUUGCUGGCAAAGUGUGCCUGCCUCAUUUUUAGUUUAAGCGUUAAGAAUCUUCAAUUACUCGUAAUUUAUAUAAGAUGUAGGUAUUCCAUGUAACUAUUGGUUGUUGUUAUGUAUAAAAUAAAAAAUCAUUUUAGUUUA